UAGAGUUUAAGGCUUCGAGCUUCAUUCUGAAUUCGGUCCUGCACAGAAAAGUUAGGAGCCUGGAACCAAGCGAGGAUGUGCGGAACAAGCAUUAGUCUGCAAAGCCAAGGUGGUGGAAGUGUCAACCAGUUAGGAGGAACCUUUCUCAACGGCAGACCUCUGCCAGAGUCCAAGAGAAUGAAGAUGAUUGAGCUGGCCUCGGAGGGAGUCCGCCCAAGUGAAAUCUCCAGAAUUCUCCGGGUAUCCAACGGGUGCGUCAGCAAGAUCCUGUGCCGCUACAGGCGCACAGGGUUGGUGAAGCCCAAAUCCAUAGGAGGCAGCCGCCCUCGGCUUCUCACCCCCGGCGUCAUCUCCACCAUCAUUCAGUGCAAGAGGGAAACGCCAACUAUUUUUGCUUGGGAAAUACGAAAACGACUUGCAAGAAUUUGUAAAGCCGCAAGAACUCCUAGUGUAAGUGGAAUAAAGGGUGCUUUUGAAUGUGAUCUUUUAUCUGCGGCUGAUAAAGCUUUUUGCGCGCUGUUUCCCCGCAAGGUGUCAUCUAUAAAUAGGAUUUUGCGAAAAGUCCACCUGGAUCAUGGAAUAAUGUGCAUGGAGGUCAACGCUCCCAUCAGAGCUGAGCAGGAUCGUUAUUCUGUGUUCGAUCAAGUAAACAAGCAAGUGAUGAACUCUGAUGACCAGAGACCUGAAGGUGCCCGGCACAAGAACCGCACCACUUUCACCCCGGAGCAGAGCAGAGCACUCGAGCAAGGUAAUCAUCCAGUUCAUCAUCCUGUGACACUCCGGCGUGUUUACGCUCGGGAAAAAUACACGUUCAUCUCUCCCGAACCAGAAUUUUCCCAGAGCCAGUACGCUGAUCUGUAUACAAGAGAGAAACUGUCAGCUGAAAUUAAACUUCCCGAGGACACCAUUAAGGUAUGGUUUUCAAACAGACGAGCUAAAUGGAGGAGGGAAACCAAACACAGAAGUAGAACAAAAACUUCAGACCUGCAGCAGCAAAGAGACUGCCUUCUUUUAAAUCAAGCCCUCACACGCAACUUUACGUCGCAGGAAACGGACACAUUAAGAAUGAACUGUCGAAACGCCGCUUUCCUACCCAGAGUCCCCAGGAAGCUACACAAUAGCUUCUUCUCUCAAACAGCAGCUGUUCCUCAGCAGCUGUGUGACAUGUUGCCACAGACCGUCAACAGGACUCCACGGCAUUGCAACAGAGAUGCAGUCACGUUCCCACUGACUCAAGGCAACAUGUACCCAAAGAACACUUUCCAGCUGGCCUCUGAGGACACCAUAACCCACUCCCAUGUCUGCCAGCAGUGGAACAAGCAGUGCACACCAUUUAUGUGGAGCCAGUUUCAAACAAAUGGGAACUUCCUGUCUAACCAGGACGCGCAUCGACCAGGCGGCAUGGUCUGAAAGUGAGAAUGGAUUUCUACCUAUGCAUGUAGAGUUAAAAAUGUAGAUUUGAUUUGAUUACCUUCUAGACUGCAGAGGAUUUCUGGCCAGUAGAUGGAGACAAAAGACUGACAUUGCAACAAGUCCUUCACGCUUCGCUUCUGUAAAAUGGAUACUGUAAAACGAUAAAUUCAGUAUUGCAGAAAAGAUUUGUUUCAUUGAUACGAGGAAAUUGAUUCAGUAAAAUAUUGUUUUGAAAGGAUCUGUCCCAUUGAGUAUUUGAGAAGAUAAAAAAUAAUGCAAUAAUUUCCCUCGUAAAACAAAGAAAGAAGUC